CAUUUGCUGCAUGUGCUGUGUGGGUGUAAUGCACACCCAGCCUUCCUCUAUCGGCGCUGCCGUGGGCUCCAGCGGAUGCUAGAUGUCCCGGCAACCAGGACAAUGUUUGAAUGCCCAGGACUGAGUCCCAGAGAUGCCAGGCGGCUCCUUGUCUGCGAGAGAACAAACCUGCUCCUUGUUGAAUUUAACACAGUCUCUUGUUCCAGCCGGGGUGCCAUGGAUGCAGCGCCGUGGACUGGACAAGGCGACAGUGCCCCCUGGAUGUAUCACAGUGUGGCUGGGCAGUACACGCUCCUGGAGAAACAACUAGUAUCUGAUUUUUCUCCCUGUCGCCAUCGCCCUGGCCCCCGGGUACUGCAGGAUUCAACCAACUGGCAUGAUGCCCAACUCCUCCCGCCAUACUGGGGCCCACUGAGGCAGGAGGGCCACUGGUUUUCAGGGAAGGAGCCGAGCAAGGCCACAUCCUCCCCAAAGGCCCAAAGGCAGCCUAGCCCUCCUUAUGAUGGGCUACCCUUCAUCCGCAGGAGGGACGUGAACUGGGCAUCCAGCCACACAGCAAAGGGCCUAGCUGGAAAUUCUCCCGCAGGCUGCAGGUGGAAUCAAGGAGCGCCUGCCAAGAACAAAGGUGGUCUCCCUGCUCGGGCACCUCCCAGUUAUGAAGCCCAUAUGCUGCUGCGUCUCCGGGCUGGGCAGGCCCCCCGGAAGGAGAACUGGCCUUGCCCCCCUCCUUAUAUUGCUCCCCCAUCCUACGAGGCCCCCCACCACACAGUGCAGCCCCAGCAGCGAGCAGGCAAAGAAGCCUCAGCGGGAAGGCCAAUCCAAGCAGAAGCCCCCAAGAAAUACCGAGAGAGGCGAGGGCCCUGUGAGUCAGGACCUUUGACUCCUGGUCCCGGGAGGAAGGCAGGGCAAAGCCAGGCUAAAAUGCCAGGUAGCUGGAGCUACCUCUCAGGAGCCCGGACGUGGGGAGGAGGCUCAAGGAUGCAGCUGGAGCGAGCAGAACCCUUCCGCUCUUCGGUGCCUGGCUGGGACAUGAGCACCCAACACCGGAGCCAUACCCUGCCUAGGGCAAACAAGAAGAGCCAGGGGGUGCCAGAGCCCUGCCGACCCCUCCCUAACAAUCCCCUCCAGCACACGCUCCCUGCUGGUUGGGGCUUCGGCCAUGCAGCCGGUAGGCCUAGAGUCACGGGAGACAGCAGCAAAGCCAGAGGCAUCUUCCCCAAGUGGAAGGAGCCAGGAGGGGGCCAGGCAGCCUUGCCUAAUAAAUCGAUGCCCCGAAGGCAUGGGGGCCUAUUUGUCAUUGAUGCCACGCGUGUGGUGAUCCAAGCCCACUAUAUCCUGCCCCCCCAAACAGAGCACGUUCACUACUUGGGCCAGGAGGGGACAGACAUCAUCAAAGCCCCCGUGCCCCCCUGCUCUCCGCCCUCUGUCUCAAUGGAGGAGCGAGCUGCUCGCAUCCUGGGUCUCUCUCUGAAUGAACUGAGGUUCACAGAGGCCAGAGGUGAAAGCUGGGGGCCAGGGAGUCCCGUGCAAGGGAUUGGGGAGAGCUGUCCCGCUGACAUGGCCCCACUUGGGGAUUUCUGUGGAACAGGGUGGCCUGGUGGGGCUCAUUCUGCCGGGGCUAGCCCCAGGAAGCCCUUACCAGCCCCAAUUCCCAACAGUUUUGGGGUUGGGCCUACAGCGCAGGGCAUGGAGUGCCCUCAAGAGAGAGGGACAGCAGCUCCUUGCCAGGAAGGCAGUUGCCUACCAAAAGGCAAAAAAGAAGAAAGGCCAGUGUUUUCUGCACAAAGCAGAUCCUAUGUCUGGGAUCUGAAGGAAGCCAUGUUGAGGAUCCGCCGGCACACAGCCCCAGAUUCGGACACGGAUGAGGAGCUGGAGGAGUGCCAGCCAGCCUCUGGGCAACUCACGUGGAAGGGGCGGCUGAAUGACGGGGCCCUCUCCUACAGCAGCAGCAGCCUCGACAGCAGCAGUUCUAAUGCUACUGUGGUGCCGGGGAAUGUUGGCCCUGCCCUGAGAAAUGGACCUGUGUCUGGCUCAGAGCUGCUGACUGUGGAUGGGAGAGGCCCAGCUGGGCCAAAGUAGUGCCAUGCCCGUGAAGGUGGAGUAGAAAAGAGAGAGUGAAACAAAUGUCAGAUCCCUUUGCCCACCAACCUGAUCCACUCUUCCAAGUGCCUGGUAUCCCUAUGCCUCUUACCACCCGCCUCUCCUUGCCACAAGCACAGGGACACGUGUGUGUUCAGGGGGCUGGGUAGGGAAGGAUAUAUACACUUUUGUAACCCUUCUCAUAUCUGUCCUUGUACUCCUGUAUGUUUUUGGUAAAAUAGCUAAGAAUGGAACCAGAGGUAGUGCACCUCCGAUUACUAGAUGCUAGAGACAAUCUGUACCAGAUAGCCAUCACUGGAAUGCCCUGCAAUGCUGAAACGCCUGGCCUGGCCUUAGUUCAGGGAUGGGGAACCUCAAGCCCUAGGGUCAAAUGGAGUCCUCCAGGCCUCCCUACCUGACCCUUGGGACUCUCCCCAGCCCACACCCCUCAGCGACACUGCUAUGCUCCCUCCGUGGGUGUUUUCGCCUGGCUCAAAUGUGUCUUUGAACUCUGAUGAGGCUUCUUGCUUGCCUGGAUGGAGGUUAGAGAGGGAUGUGUGAGGGUGUGUAGAAAGAAGCCUGCUGUACAAAGGUCAAAUAAACAUGAACUGCUCCACCUACUUUCGCUUCUGGCCCUGCCUGCCGCUGGCAUGUGGCCCCUGGAAGGUUACUUAGAAAGGAAUGUGGCCCUUGAACUAAGAAAAGGUUCCCUGCCCCUGCCUUAGUUGGAGACAGACAAAAGUGGAGGAGAACACAACCCCUUGGUUUAAUCAGGCAAGGUUAUGCUUAUGUA